AUGCAGAUGGAAAGUGCCUGUGAAGAUGGUACUGUGGUUUUCAAAGAUGGCUGUACUGUCCUUGCUGACAUUAUACUGUACUGCACUGGAUACAAAUAUCACUUCCCUUUUCUCAAGACCAAUGGCAUUGUGACUGUGGAUGACAAUCGUGUGGGGCCUCUGUACAAGCAUGUUUUUCCUCCCUUUUUGGCUCCAUGGCUUUCCUUUGUUGGGAUACCCUCUAAGACUUUAUCUUUCCCAACGUUUGAGGCUCAAAGUAAGUGGAUUGCUGGUGUUUUGUCUGGUCGAAUUCUGCUUCCUUCACAAGAAGAGAUGAUGGAAGAUGUCAGUGCCUUCUACUCAACACUCGAAGCUUCUCAUAUACCUAAACAUCACACUCAUGACCUACUUCAUUAUGUUUCUUUGAAGAAUGGAGACUACAGAUGUGCCUUGAAUUUAUCAAGAACAAGCGUCUCAAGUCGAGGUCAUACCGUGAUGAAUGGGAAGAUGACCACCUCAUCUUGCAAGCCUACGAAGACUUCAGCAAAAUACAUCUCUAACACAUUUUAUGGCCGCAUCUCCAAAUAA